AUGGCUGAGUCUCUCAGUCCGCCGCGAUGCGGUGGUGGCGGAGGAGAAGGAUCGGUUGAUGGAGCCAAGGGGGGAAAGGUCAAAGGUAUCCCGAGGGCUGUAAAGAUAUCUGAUAGCCGAGAUAGUACGACAACAGCCGGGGAUAUUCGGAUGCGACGAGCGCGACGUGGGGAUUGCGGCGCUAGUUGCAAGCAUCGAGAACCGCCGCUGUCAAUUAUGCGUGCCGGGUUUCCGACGCCGCGUCGCGCCCUUGGCUUGCCGUCUCGCCAAGGAGCUACGCGAGAAUCAGGAUCAGAAUGCAGGUGCAAAAUACAACAUCAUAAAUACCUUGAACAGCCCCCUCCUCCAGAAAGGAGCCCGGCCGUCCAGUCAUUCAUUCCCAUCCAGUCCUCUAGCGAAGGCUUUGGAGACUCCGAACUAACCAACCCUUCCCUGGUACCAGGCGUCAACGUAACCGACACCCGCACCGACCCAAACGUACACUAUGUGCGGAUCGACUACGACUUCAGCUGGCCCGGCGGCGGCUCGCUCGAUUCCACCCCCGGCGCCGCCAAAAACCCCAACGGCACCUUCUGCGUCGCGGCCCCCAUCUCGUGGGGCACGGCCAAGAACAUCACCGAUAAGUACACGGACGCCAACACCCACUCCACCGACUGCACGCCCGUGCUAGGGUCGGCCUACGUCGACGCCAUCCUGACCGCCUCGGCGGAAAACGACGACGGGACCGGAUUGGGGUGUUUCCACCGGUCGUGGUCAAAGUACCCGGAGUGCGCCAACACGUUCGGCAUCGCCGAGUACGCGCCCUACGACAAGCAAGGGCUGGAGCUGGAGACGAACAGCUUGAUGCCGAGGUACCUCAGGAGUGGGGGGGUUUAUCACAGUUUUACGGAGAGCGGGCUUCUCCCUGAUACCAACUCGCCCGGGUUGUAUGAGAGUGCGGUGAAUAUGCUACAAGUUAUACUGCUGAGGCCGCCGGCGGCGGGGCCGGGUGAGGGGUUUUCACCUGCCCUUCACUGCAUGCGGGUGAAUACGAAGGAGGGGGUGAAUGUUGGUUCUGGCUCCGAGGAUGGUAACAGCGGGGCCAGCCGUGGUGUCGCUGCAGGUGGUCUUUGGGCGGUGAUGGGGAGCUUGGCCGUUGCGCUUCUAGUCGGAACGUUGCGAGCUGUGGUCCAGUUCAGGAGACCUAUGCCUAAGGACGUUGGCGUGCUUACCUUUGGGCAAGCCAGAAGUAUCGAUAAAAGGGGUAAAGAGAUUCCCCGUACCCACCAUUACCGUCGUUCUGGGUUUGAUUCCCCCGAUAUUGAUGACAAUCAACAUCUACAAGCCGGAGUGACCUUGUGA